GAGUGAUCAAUAAUAUAUAGAGAGAGAGAGAGAGGCUCAAGUCCAAAUAAAUGCGCCUCCCAUUCAACUUGACAAUAUCUUUGAAGUUUUCAGUGUGAACCAAUGAACAUGCUUCCAAUAGCCAAAGUCCCUUCAAUGCUCCUAGCUAGCCAGUUUAACUUUUUUUUCCCCAUAAAUAUUCUCAGCUCUGUCAUUUCUUCUUUGUUGUUCUUGUUCAAUAGCAUCAUGGUGAGAGGGAGGCCUUGUGCUCUCCUCUUGAUAUUUUCUUUUGUUUUAAUCAUUCAAUGUUCAGCUUCAGCUUCUGCAAGUGCAACUUCUCAUUCAUCUUCAAUGAAGAUGGAGUUGAUACAUCGCCAUGCUCCCCAUCUCAAUACAGGGCCUAAAACUCAACUCGAGCUGAUUAAAGACCUCCUCCACAGUGACAUUAUCCGUCAAAAUAUGAUUGCUCAUAAACGUAGUCCAAGAAGACAUGCUCUGGAAGCAGCUAACACUGGUAGUACAGCCAUUGAAAUGCCAUUGCUAGCUGGUAGAGACUAUGGAACAGGCGUGUACUUUGUGGAAUUCAAAGUUGGAACACCAUCACAAAAAUUUAUGCUGGUUGUUGAUACUGGAAGUGAGUUGACAUGGAUGAAUUGCAGAUAUAAAUGUGGUGCCAAUUGUACCACCAAGGGAAGAUUAGACAAAAGAAGAGUGUUUAAAGCAGAUUUCUCUUCUUCUUUUAAAACAGUUCCUUGCUUUUCUCAGAUGUGUAAGAUUGAGUUCAUGAAUCUCUUCUCUCUCACACGUUGCCCAAUUCCCUCCAGUCCUUGUGCCUAUGAUUUCAGGUAUGUAGAUGGGUCAGAAACAUUGGGAAUUUUCGCAGAAGAGACAGUCAGUCUAGACCUCACAAAUGGUAGGAAGUUGAGAAUCAAAGAUGUGGUAAUUGGUUGCAGUGACUCUUUCCAUGGCCAGAGCUUUGUGAAAGCGGAUGGUGUUCUGGGGUUAGCCAAUGGCAAGUACACUUUUGCUAAAAGAGCCUCUGAACAUUUUGAUGGAAAGUUCUCUUAUUGCCUGGUUGAUCACCUGAGCCACAAAAACGUUUCAAAUUACAUCAUAUUUGGGAGCAACAAUAAUGAAUCAUCAUCGUCUUUACUGGGGAAAAAGCGAUACACCGAGCUGGAGCUUGGCCUGCUUAGUCCAUUUUAUGCUGUAAAUGUUAUAGGCAUUUCUAUUGAUGGGAUACUGUUGAAAAUACCAAUUCAAGUAUGGGAUGCAAACAGUGGUGGUGGUACCGUUGUUGAUUCUGGUUCAAGCCUAACAUUUUUAGCAGAGCCUGCAUACAAACCUGUGAUGGCUGCGUUGCAGACUUCUGUGUUAAAUUUCCAAAGAUUAAUGCUGAAAGGAGUACCAAUGGAUUACUGCUUCAAUUCAACAGGAUAUGAUGAGAAAUUGAUGCCAAGUUUGGUGGUUCAUUUUGCAGAUGGAGCUAGAUUUGAGCCACAUAAAAAGAGUUACAUAAUUGAUGUUGCUGAUGGAGUCAAGUGUCUUGGAUUCGUCUCUGUAGCUUGGCCUGGUAUUUCAACAAUUGGCAACAUAAUGCAGCAGAAUUAUUUGUGGGAAUUCGACCUUGCUCAAAGUAAACUGGGUUUUGUUGCCUCAACCUGCACCUAAUAAGGCUGUCAUCAUCAAAAUUGUUUUUUCUUUUUCAUAUCCAUUUUUUUACUAAUAAUUUUCUCUUAUUUAUACAUAUGAUCUGUAUCUUUAUGUAUUCAUUUAAACUUUCUAAUUGUAAUGUGAUAUUGAAAUCAAAAUUAUCACAUGCCUUGACUGUAACCUGGGUGACGUGAAUGCAGAUGCUUCUAGUAAAGCAAACCAUGUGUUGUUACCUUGUGAUUACAUGAAUAUUCAUUAUUAAUUUUCAA